GGGUUGUACCAAGCGCUGGUUUAGCAGGUUCUCCCUCUUUUGUCUGCCACUGUGUUUUCAAAAGCUUUAGAAGUUGUAGAAUGAGUGUGUAUAUCCUUAGCAGGCACCUAAGGGAACAGAAGCAACUUGCAAAAUAAGAUCCUAGCACAGGACCGAUACAGAAAUCUGUAGAGAAGCUAGGUAGGUUACUAGUCUAAGGAGACCCACACCGUGAAGAAGAGUUCCUGAGGGCUGAAAGCACUAAACACAAUGGUUUUUCAAGCAGUAGGUAAACUACUGGGCUACAGAAAGCAUAGUAAAUCCUUAAAGAAGGAUAGCCGUGAUAAGAAAGGAUCAUCAGACAGUGAAAAGCUUUAUUUGGAACCUCGGCACACGGCUGCCCGCAUACUGGACGCUGAUAUAUUAAUGCUGGUCGCAUUACCCAAAGGACUGAAUGUAGAUGAGUGGUUGGCUAGCAAUGCCUCCGCCUUUUAUAACCACGUCAGCUUAAUGUACGGCUCCAUCUCUGAAUUCUGCACAGCUGUAACCUGUCCCACCAUGAAGGCCUGGGCAACGCAGUUCCAAUGGACGGAUGAGAAAGGGCGUAAACGGAAGUGCUCAGCCCCACAAUAUGCAGAUUAUGCUGCCAGCAUCAUCCAGAAACUCCUGACUGAUGAAAAUCUGGUUCCCACAAAGCACAGUAAAGAAUUUCCUAAAACCUUCAGACCAGCAAUACAAAAAACAUUCCGGCUACUUUAUCAUCUUCUGGGCCAUAUUUAUACUUGCCAUUUUAAAACCGUGGUUCAUCUUGAGUUGCAUCCCCAUCUUAACACGCUUUACUUGCAUCUUCUGCUUUUCUGUGCAGAGUUCCACUUGCUUGAUUCUAAGGAAAUGGCAGUGAGUGAGGACCUAACCACAGCUCUACAGUCCAGUCCACUUGCAAAGAACUUUGCCACUCAUCACAGAAAUACCUGAAGAUAUACAGAGACAAGUUUUAUGUAGAAUUACUGCCACCUGGAAAAUGCUUUACAUCGCGUAUAUAGCAAGAAAAUUAUCCAUAUCUAUAUUUAAUCUUCUUUAGUGUGUCACACUGAGCACAUUCUUUUGCCAAAAGUUUAAAAAGUACAACAAUGGAGUUGCUGCAAGGUUUUCUGGGAAAAACAUGGACUCCUAAUGUUGUCUGGAGUCCAGUGUUCCAUGCACGCAUAGAUCCACAAUCCAGUUAAGCCUGGGUACUACAAAAUCGAUCAAGUGCAUUUUAUACCAUCUAAGAAAAGGUGAUGUAAUAAUUUCCAGUCACUGCAUCUGCAAAUCUAUAAACAUAUGAUCGAUGGACACUAAAGAGAACUGAUGCUUUCUGUGGAAAGUAGUGUCUCACGGAUAUGUCACUGGAUAUGAUGUAAGCACAGACUCUGUGACUUUAAAAAGGUCAGACGCUCUGACGCUCCCAGAAGGGCACUUUUUUUUAUGUUUUUUAAAAAAGAAAAAAAAUGUAAUGGUUAUUAUGGAUUCUUUUUGCAUCUAUAUUAAUUGCUAUGGUUAUAGUUACUGGUUAUGUAUGUAUGUGUGAGUGUAUAUAUAUAUAUAUAUAUAUAUAUAUAUAUAUAUAUAUAUAUAUAUAUAUAAAAUAUAUUGGGGUUUUGUUACUGUAAAAAAAUGCACUUAACUUUUGUAAUUUAUUCAUUUUAAGUAAAAAAGAAAACAGAUGAGAAUUUUGUGUCAAUGUAUUUCUAUUACUACAAGAAACUUUAUGAACACGAAGAAAACAUGAGCACUUACUAGAUAUGGGUAAAAAUCCAACACUUUCCCGGUGUGAUGUGUAAGAAGCAUGUCAAUGAUAUGUUAAGGACAACAUAAAAGAACCUGUGUUAUAUAACACACCAAUGACCCACCCCAUAUCUGCCAAAGGUACAAGCAUCCAACCCUUACCUCAUUAUACCUGUAACUAGGAUUGCACCAAUACCAUUUUAUUUUAAGACUGAGUACAAGUACCAAUGCUUUUUUUUCAAAUACUCGCCGAUACCAAUUUUUAUGUCAUGUGACAGUUUCUCAAGCACAAUAAAGACUAAUGAUUUAA